AUGGCCCGACGCGCCUCCACCCCUGGUCCGACGCAGCCAUCCUUGCCUUUCCGAGAUCUUAUUACAUCUCUUGCCCGCGCCACUGAUUGUGUUAACGCCGCCACGUUUGGUGUCCGCGCGGUCGCGACCGUUCCGCCUAGCCAAGCUCAACUAACAUACUCGCAGGUUAUCGUUAGUAUCGCGCAUCUCCAGGCGGCUGUCACGAAGCUGUCGGAGGCGUAUAUCAACCAUGCCAACACUGUGCUAAGCCGUGGUUCGACGGUGGAUAUUGCAAAUGUCACUAGAAUUACCAACUCCCUCUAUGAGGGUAAUCUGCUGGGCGCUAGCGUUGGCGCUCGUGCUACCAGCCCCGGCGCAAAGUCUGAAAUGGGCGAGAAGAAGAAACGCAAGCGCGCUCCCCCGGACCCCAAUGCGCCUAAGCGUGCCUUGACUCCUUUCUUCCUUUUCAUGCAGCACAACCGCUCCAAGAUCGCGGCGGAGCUGGGGGAUAGUGCAAAGCCUAAGGAUGUCUCUGACGAAGGGACCCGUCGCUGGGCUGAAAUGCCAGAGCCGGAGAAGGAGCACUGGAAGAACAUGUACGCCGACAAUCUCGCGGUCUACAAGGAGAAGAUGAAGGCCUACAAGGCUGGUCUACCAUUCAGUGAUGACGUUAAGGCUGCCAACCAGCUGCAACAGGAGGCGGAUCGCGCGGAGGCCACUGCCGCCGAAGAGUCUGACGAAGAAGAGGAAGAGGAGGAAGGGGAGGAGUCGCCGGAACCAGUCAGAGAGCCUACCCCUCCCCGCGCCGGCAAGCGUCGCCGCAGUGAAGCUGCUAAGACUGCCAAGGAAGUCGCCUCUCCUGCGGAGACCAAGAAGGCGUCGCCCGAAAAGAAGAAGACUCGCACCCCUGCUGCAAGGGAAAAGAAGGCCCAGGAAGAGACACCCGUUUCCACCCGCAAGACAACUGCGGCCGAGAAGCGGUCCAAGAAGAAGCGCAAGAGUGAAGCCGGCGCGGACGAGUAA